UGCGGCCCGAUGGAAGAGCCGCGCGGAGGGACGAGAGAGGGUGCGGAGUCCGCGUGUCGUUGACAGCAGCGGCGGCUAGGAGGCCUCGGUGAGGCCAGUGAAGCGUCGCUCGACAGUCGAAGCCGGUCUCUCGGCGUGCGAGUAUCGAGAGUAUCGCGAGGUUCCGCCGUACGUUCGUUUUUGCCUCGCGACGCGAACUUGUCACCUGUCAAGUCACGCUUGCCGCACAAACAUAACAUAACAUAACAUAACAUAUCGGAAUUUCAAGUCAGUCGAGAGUCUCGACAUCGCGUUUCUUCCCUCGAAUUUUGCCGCGUGUGUCGCGCUGACGAACCAUCGAGUUCUCGAGAUCCCCCCUCGUUGUGCGUUGAUUCGUGUCGUGCCCGUUCGGCAACUGCGUUUCCGCUCGCGUGUGUCCAGUGUGCAGAAGUGUGUGGAUGCGACGGCGGAAGCGUAGCCGUCGAGAUUGCCGCGAGGACGUUCCCCCCUGGCCGGUUAACUCCUAGGUAUGCAGAUUCACGCUGUUACCCGUGGAAGACGCAAAGACUGGCAUUUAACUUCCUAAUUUCAAAUUCGAGCGGUCAGGAAGCCUCGUCGGAAAGAAAAUUACGCUAGAGGGAACUUCUGCUUCGGUUGUGAAAGGAGUUACCGAGGUGUGAGUGUCUACGCGAGUAUAAGAGUUUUCCGGCUCGAUUCCCAAAACUUUCACGGUUAUUCGCUCGAGCCCGACUUCGUGAGAGACUGUCUACUGGUAAAGAAAACGAGAGCUGAUGAAUAGCGAACGGAAGUCGAUCAUCUAACCAGAUCGGAAGCUGUGAACCGAGGACGUUCUCACGGCUAGAAGGUACGUACAGUUUGCUGAAACGAGUAGAAAUGCUUGGGCGUUGGGCGUGGUGCUGUUGAAACGCUCGAUAACGUGUUGUUCAGUGGGAGUUUACGAGACAAUACUUUUCACUUAAGUAAGGAUUUACCAACCAACCGCUGUGUGCAUUUCUAUAAGCAGUAUCGGUGAAACUAUGCGGUGAUAUCCGAAGGAAUCCAACCAGAGAACAUACAUAUCAGCUCAUAUCGUCUCUAUCGAACGACCACAAACAUCGACCAAACUAACAAAGCAUAUCAAAGCAAUAUGGAGGCUCAGCGAUGUUUCUGCCUCGUUCAAGGCAUAUCAAAUGUCGAUGGAGCGUGAUCGACGAAACUCUUCGUCAUAUUCUGUCUUAAUUAAACCUUCCUAUAAACCUUACACCGAGUUAACAAACAAUUAAACCGACCUGUCGGAAGAAACCACCCCUUCUCUUCGUAACCAAGAAAACUUGGAAGAAAACAAGAUAGAACAGAGUGAGAGGAUGUUGCUGAGGUAACGCGACCUCUCGAGCCGGCUGAACAGCGAUCUUUAAUCGAACCGUGCUCGAACAACGAAGGUAUAGCAGGUGAAGAAGAGCUGUGGAUAGAGCUAAACAGGCCCAGGUCCAUAAGCUGAGAGUCAAGCAUGGGUUUCCCCAGGAGGAGAUCACUGUGGUUGAAAGUGGCCAUUCUAGCCACGGCGGUCUGGGUUACCGUGUGCUUCCUCCUGUACACGGAGGACCGUGCCAACGCAGCUGUACAAGGCUUGGCACCGUCCGGCGUCGCGGCGCCUCAAAUGGCCAAUGGUUUUGUACCGGCAGCAGCGGCUCUCAGGAAAGAGACGCCGUUCAACGCGCAGCCCAAGGCAAAAGUUCAAGCCGGCCCGGAGCAAGGCGGCGGUGUGCUUGUUGCUCCCCGGGAACAAGAUCCGAGCGCGCCUGGAGAGAUGGGAAGACCCGUAAUUUUGCCAACGAAUUUGACUGCCGAAACUAAAAAGCUCGUCGACGACGGGUGGCUAAACAACGCGUUCAAUCAGUACGUUAGCGACCUGAUUUCCGUUCAUAGAACACUGCCUGACCCCCGGGAUCCAUGGUGUAAAGAACCUGGAAGAUACUUGAAAGACCUUCCUCCCACAGCGGUGAUAAUCUGCUUCCACAACGAAGCCUGGUCAGUACUGCUGAGGACGGUACAUUCCGUGUUAGAUAGAUCACCGGAGCACCUCAUACAAGAAAUAAUUUUGGUAGAUGACUUCUCAGAUAUGCCACAUCUGCAGCGUCAACUAGAGGACUACAUGAUGAACUACCCAAAGGUACAGAUAAUCCGGGCGCAAAAGCGCGAAGGUCUUAUCAGGGCGCGUUUGUUGGGUGCAGCAGCGGCGAAGGCACCUGUACUGACAUAUUUGGACAGCCAUUGCGAAUGCACCGAGGGCUGGUUGGAGCCGCUUCUCGAUCGUAUCGCUCGUGAUCCGACGACAGUCGUUUGUCCUGUGAUCGAUGUUAUCGACGACACCACGCUCGAAUAUCAUUGGCGGGAUUCCGGCGGUGUGAACGUGGGUGGCUUCGAUUGGAAUCUGCAGUUCAACUGGCACGCAGUCCCUGAGAGAGAGAAAAAAAGACACAAGAAUCCUGCGGAGCCUGUGUGGUCACCGACGAUGGCCGGAGGCCUCUUUUCGAUAGAUCGAGCUUUCUUUGAUCGUCUCGGCACGUACGACAGUGGCUUCGAUAUUUGGGGUGGCGAGAAUCUUGAGCUUUCCUUCAAGACCUGGAUGUGCGGAGGUACCUUGGAAAUCGUGCCGUGCUCGCACGUGGGCCACAUCUUCCGCAAACGUUCGCCGUACAAGUGGCGCAGCGGCGUGAACGUGCUCAAGAGGAACAGCAUAAGGCUGAGCGAAGUGUGGCUGGACGAGUAUGCCAAGUACUACUACCAGAGGAUAGGUCACGACAAGGGCAAGUACGGAGACGUAUCGGAACGGAAGGCCUUGAGGAAGAAACUCGGCUGCAAGUCGUUCAAGUGGUACCUCGACAACGUUUAUCCGGAGCUGUUCAUACCUGGCGAGGCGGUAGCUUCCGGCGAGGUUCGUAAUCUUGGAGAAGGAGGUAACACCUGUCUGGAUUCGCCGGCACGCAAGGCAGACUUGCACAAACCGGCUGGACUCUAUCCAUGCCAUCGACAAGGUGGAAAUCAGUACUGGAUGUUGAGCAAGACUGGCGAGAUCCGUCGAGACGAGUCGUGCCUGGAUUACAGCGGCACCGAUGUCAUCCUCUAUCCUUGUCAUGGUAGCAAGGGGAAUCAACAAUGGAUUUAUAAUCAUCAGACGAAGCAAAUCAGACACGGCAGCAGCGACAAGUGUCUGGCAAUAACGGAGAGCAAGCAGCGGCUGAUCAUGGAGGAAUGUUCGGCAGCAGCAGCCAGGCAGAGGUGGUCGUUCGAGAACUACGAUCCAUCAAAGCUGUGAUAUCGCGCUUUAUCGCGUCAUCAGUCGAAAAGUCUCGGCCGAAGGUUCGAUCGUGCCGGUUCUUGGGUGCCUGUUCAACGUUAUUCCGUCGCUAAGACACGUUUCGGUAGAUAGACGCCGUGGUAUCGAGGCAACGAAUGCCUCGAAACACCGCCAGAUGCUCAAGAUCGAACGCUAGACGAAAAAAAGGAACCACGGGGAAUUUAUUUGAGGAAGCUAUUCGAACGAAGAACCAUUGAGAAGUCCGAGUUGAAGAAGAGACACGUUCCAAAUGGCCGAUCUUCGGCUCUAACCUUUAACUGUAAGACGGACGAAGUGCAAUAGAAACGUCGUUUUAAGGAGUGAUCGAAGAGGGAUAUAGUCUCAUGGAUAAGCUGUAACCUGGUGUACAAUGAGAGAGUUGGGACACUCGAAGAGUGAUCGAGUGUCGAUACACACGCUCGAGGCUCGUUUUCGCUGGCAUUGAAGAAUUGAAAGCUUACCGAUGGACGAAAAGUACACGAAGGAACCUACGACUUUUUAAUCUUCCUCCUCUGCUAUUGGGCAGUGUUUAAAUGGAUAGUUGUUCUCUUCUCUUUUUACUUUCGUUGAUGGACUCACGCGUUUAUGUGGUUGUCGUUUCUUGAGAGAUUGGAUACUCGUGGCGUCGCUUGUAAUUAUCUGGAUGGUUGCUGACUGAUUGUAUUUUGAUUCUAGGACCUAGACAAUUUUUACGUUAAAUGAGAAACGACAGAAUUUUUAGAGACAAUGAAAUAAAAAUAAGGAGCAAUUGAAAAUAAUAAAAUUGAAUUUAGAAGCUCGAAAGAGUUAUUAUUAUUCCUAAAACAUCUUAAUAUACUCAGUAAUAAAGUACAGUACAUAUUCUCAAUUAAAAUAUAGUUCAAAGUUUUAUGCUUGCAACUAGGAACUAAGAAUAACUUCCCAAUACAUAUUUUUCUCCCCACACAUUUUAUAUUUUCACAAUAUAAAUGCGCCAAAAGAGAGAGAGAGAGAGAGACUCGUGAACAUUCCAAAACAUAGAAGUCUCAAUCUUUGGAAUAAUUACAAGCGAUACUCCGUUCCUUGAUAGUAAAGCUAGUUUGUAGAAUCGUUGUGUUAAAGAUUCGAUUAAUUAGAUAUAAUGAUUACGUAUAACAUUGCGCAAGUACUUACGAAUCGACACGAUCUAUUGUUCGAUAAACACUGUAUAAUUUAAGCCUAACGUUUAAGUGGCGGCGAAUACGCGUCAAUGCAUCAAUGACAGCGAAAAGCGUGUCAAAAGGGGAUAGGUUGUUGAAUUUUAUUCGGAGUUAAAUGGACGAACGCGGCCGUAUCGAUCUCUACGAAAGCCUCGAUCGUCGCUUUCAUCCGUAGCUCCGUUGUUUUAAGGAGGAUGGAGCGAUUUGUGUAAGCUGCUUACGGCGAGUGCCAUCUCAGAGACGACGUGGCGUUUCAGUUUCAUUGAAAAACGGCGGAUCGUUGAUUGUGAAUAACGGCUACGGCUUACCACUCGUACGAAACCCUUCUUCGUGGAUGGUAGAAACAAACAGGAUUAUUCAUCUGAAGCAAAACAUAAAUCUUUCUUUCAAAGAUACAUAUGACGAUAUCAAGAGAGAAAACAGAUUAUAUACGUAUCAAACAAUUUAUUGCGUGUAAAAUACAUGUCUUUUCUUGUAUUAUUUUCAUUCCAAAGAUGUUCAAGAUUACACUUCGAUGCUUUUAGAGUAGAACGUUCUAGCUUUCUAUUUUUGUAUCUUGAAAAUGAAAAAGGGGAUAAUACGAUAAAGUACGUAUGGAAGUGGAGACUUUAGAUAGUUUAAAAUCAGAAAAAGUAGAAGAAACGAAGCAAGUAUAUAGAUUAUUUGAAAAUGUAUCCAAAAUCUGUAGUUCUUCCUUUACAAGGAUAAAUUAAAAAUAAUUCUUGAAUUACGAUUGCGGUUAAUAAUACUACAAUUUUCAGAUAAUGUUAACGAGAACGUACGUCUAUCGUACUUGAGAUACAUUGAGUUUAUCGUUGGAUUUGUUAAACAUAUCAAUUUAGUAAUUACUUCACUUGAAUACGUUAGACUUGAAGACCUAUUUUGUUCUCGAUAUAAGAAAUUUCUUUGAUCUCAAAGAAACACGUUUUCAACGAAGUGAAACGAAAGACUUAACUCGUCAUAUUUCCAGGAAAUUCUCGUAGCAAAAAUUACCCAAUCUUCUGUCAUUUUUGCCAUUUAUGAAAUGUUUAAAUUCAUCCAUCAACGAUUCGCCGAUCGCCCUUCGUUUCUCUGUCGUAUUACACCGCUUACAGUAGCAUCUUACAUUCCAGUUUCGACGCAAGAAACCAACGAUUCCAAAUUCUAGACAAACCUUCUUUUUCUAAUUAAUUUAGCACGUAGGUAGCGCAUAGGGACAGGCAACAAAAAAAAAAAGAA